UAGCAACGCAGAGAGAUCGAUCUCGUCAGAUCAUCGAUGGCGGCUAGCAGCAAGGCCACCGCCUUCCUGGCCCUGGCGGCGUUUGUGGUGGUGCUGAUGGCGGCGGGGGAGGCGUCGGCGGCGGUGACGUGCGGCCAGGUGGGAUCAUCGCUCGCGCCGUGCAUCCCGUACGCGACGGGGAAGUCGGCCACGCUGUCGCAGGGGUGCUGCAGCGGCAUGAAGAGCCUCAACGCGAUGGCGCGCACGAGCGCCGAUCGCCAGGCGGUGUGCCGCUGCCUCAAGAGCCUCGCCGGCAGCGUCAAGUCCGUCGACCUCGGCGUCGUCGCCGGCGCGCCCGCCAAGUGCGGCAUCAGCGUGCCCUUCCCCAUCAGCAUGUCCACCGACUGCAACAAGGUUAACUAGAUGGAUCGAUCGAUCUAUCAAGGGUUUCCUACGUGUGCAAGAUUCUGAAUCACUAA